UUCCUAGCCGGCUGUUUGCCAUUAGCCUAGUUAGCAUAUUUCUUAGCGUUAAUUUUCGCUAAGCAAAAUCUGCUCUCUUACAAAGGUUUUGUUUAUGUUACUAUAAGAGGCGUUGCUAAUCUUACUACUCUAAUGGAUAGGGCAACAAUCUGGUGAAUUGCCCUCUCCGGGUCUAAAAAUACACACUCACCAAAUUAGACUGCUGUAGCUAACGUUAGCUAACUGUGGCAGCUGCCAGGCUCGGUAACAGUAGCUUCUAGUUUGGAAACAGUUACAGCAGAAAAAUGGGCGAGGCAGUUGCAAAUGUGGCCCGGAGGGUUAAUGCAACCGUGGAGGAGGAAAAGGACACAUUGGAUCUGUCAAACUGUAAGCUCAUUUCCUUCCCAGAUGGUGUGUUCAGGGUUCUGAAGGGUGUCUCGGAGAACAUCCACAUUAUCACACUGGCUGACAAUGAGAUGAAGGCCAUUUCCAGCAAGUUCUUUUCCACCUUCACACAGCUGAGAGAACUGGACCUGCGAGGAAAUGUUCUCACCAAACUGCCAGAUGCCGUGGGAGAAAUGGAACAUUUGACCUGCAUUAAUCUGGCUAAUAACAGCUUCUCCAUCUUCCCUGAAAAACUUACUGAAAUAGCCACAUUGGAAAGGAUUAACCUGGAGGCAAACAGCAUCACCGAAAUACCAGUGGAGAAGUUGUCUGACAUGCCAGCACUGAAGUGGCUGAAUGUGAAGUCAAACCCAUUGGAGUCAAACACUCAGUCCGCUCUGCAAUCUCUCGCCAACAUUUUGUCAACAACAGAGUCCUAAAAUAUGUCAUGUGUCAUAUUUGACCCACUUACAGACUACAUGUUGUGUCUCUUUUAACUACUUCAGUUAAAUGCUUUAAUGUGCCUGAGACGUGAGGAAACAUAAUACUUGAAGAUAUUGAAUUGAAGAUAUAACA